GCGUUGAAGAGGAUAUGCUUCGUAUUAUUAAUCACAUUUUGGAAAAUGAUUGCAGUAUUACGGUUACGGAUGAUCAAAAUGCGAUAAGAGCCGUCGCUUUAGUCAAACGUAUGAGGACGGAUGCUCGUUCAAAAUUUAUUGCCGAUAAAUGCUUUAUGAGACGCUUUUACAAUGCCAUUUGCGAGGUGGCAGGACAUAUGAAAACGCCGCGGAUAACUUAUUUGGAUCAGGUUGAACCCGAAGGUUCAGUUGUGUCCCAACUGUGGUUUGGAUACAAUUGAACUGUGCGUUUUCGGACGAUGGCCACGGUCGAGAAACUUUAUUGUCGGAAAAGAAUAACGAUAAACAAGAAAAUUCUGGUGAAGGUGGUGAUAUCAAUAACGACGAGUUUAAAGAAAAUCGCAUUCAAAAAGCUAAUUCAGUAAACGAUUUCUUAUAUUUUCCCAAAUUGUAAAAUUACAUCCGUACAUUCAAACUGGAAUAAACAAAUAAAUGUUUUUAAUUUAGGUGAAAGUUCUAAACAUGGCUUAUUAGUACAUCUAACCAAUCCUCGUCUGAGCCAAUGCGAUCGUGAAGCCAUUAAUGCGGUACUUACAUAUACAUUUGGUCAACAACAACAGCAACGAAUUCAGCAGACUUCCCAAACGCAAAACGAUAUGAUUUCCAACAAUAUAUGAAUAAAACAAUUACAAAAUCUUCAAGAUUUGGCUGUCGUGCAGCAAACAGCAACAGCACACGAACAGUCCCACUACCGAGCGAGAGUUACAUCAAA